UUGAAUAUUUCCGGUGACCUCCUUAAUUAGUUGUACUUUUUAAAAAAGUUUAGGGGCAUUACUUAAUUCAGGAGGAUUUUGUGUUUUUUUGCCAAUAGUUCGGGGUUUAUUGCACUUUAUACACACUCAAAUAAUUUCGUCUAAUCAAUGAAAUAACAGCGAGUCAAUCUCAGAAGGUUCAAAACCCUAGUUCAUGCCAGGACUCCAUUGAAGACAGUUUUGAACGAUCUUCCGAUUCAAGGUAGAAGAGUUGAUGGAAUCGUAAAGGUACAAUCUCUUGAAAUAAAUAGUCAAGGUACAAUUUUCGAAAAAAAUAGUGAAGGCACGCUAACUAUGUAUAUACGUAUAUGUGUGUGUAUGUGCAUAUGUGAUAAUACUUCAGUGUCGCAAUUGGAAUAAAAAGAAUCGCCUUUGUGUUCCUUAUUCGAAUAAUGCGCUUGUUUAAGCCUCCUUGUGGAUUGGGGUUGUUUCCCGAUGAUGUGUUGGUUGAGAUACUAUGUCGAUUGCCCGAAAAGCCUCUGGCUAGGUUAAAAUGUGUGUGCAAAUCAUGGGAUUACCUAAUCUCUGUGUUUUGCUUGCCCAGAGUGUCUCUUCCUCUCUGUGGCCUUUUCUUCCGUACUUAUGCUCUCCCUCCUCAUAUGCCCCUUAUAACCACAGACGCGAGCGACUCAUCACGGGAUGCGUUUUAUAGUAAUUUGCAGAGCCCGGACAACGGAGAGCUCAUUGAUUAUGUUUCUGUAGAAGGUAACAGUGGCAUUGGUGAUGGUGGAGGAGGAGGUGGAUGUGUUGACUCCGAAUUUUUGGUCAACUUACCAUUCCAUAGUACUUGUGCACAUGACUUUCUUGAUAGUUGCAAUGGCUUGUUUUUGUUCUUCAAUGCCUCUGAUUGCCGGUAUUAUGUGUGCAAUCCUGUGAUGAGACAAUAUGUACCGAUUCCCAAAGCGCGCUGCCACCAGACUUAUUGUUAUGCAGCAUUGGCUUUUAACCCUUCUGAGUCACUUUGCUACAGAGUUGUACGUUUUGCACAACCUUUAAAGGAAAGAAAGCUACUGCUGGACAUAUAUUCUUCUGAUACUGAACUAUGGGUUAGACACCUGGUUCAAAUUGAUUCCUGCUUGAAUGAGAGAAUCUGGAUAACACCUUCUGUUUACUUUGAUGGCGCACUCUACCGGUUAUCUUUGUCUUGGCACCUUUUGAGGUUUGAUCUCAACAAAGUCGGUGUUCGUGCCAUUGAGCUCCCAUUGACAGAAAGUGGACGUCUAACUGUGAUUGGAUGUAUUGGGGUGUUUAUGGGCCGUCUCUGUUAUGCGAAGAAAGACUCCUUCUGGUUGUUCAUUUGGUCACUUGAGGAAGAUUGUAAAGCCAUGGAAUGGACUUUGAAGUAUAACAUCUGCAUGGUUAAUUUAGUAAUGGACAUGGUGCGUUCUAAAGGCUAUGAUCUUGAUUAUUUAUUGUGGUUUCUACCCUUUGCUUUUCAUCCAAUUUCUGAUGUUAUUUUCUUGAGCGUUCCGCUUGGGAUCUUGAGUUAUGAUCUCAAAAGAACAAGGUUAGAAGAGGUGUACAAACCUAGGGAUGGUGUAAUAAUAGAUGGGCACUUUUAUCAAGCCUUUACUUGUAUUCGUUUCCUAGUCUCACUAAAUCAUUUGGGGAAGAUCCACUCCAGACCAACUCAGCUAACAUCUAUUUCUCAACACACGAAGGUUUUGAGUUUGGAAAUGCCACCUGAUGAAAUACCCAAUGGAGGUGCAUGACAAAUGGAACCCCACAUGGCAGGAUUUUUAUUUGAACUGGCUGGAAAUCAAGGCCUUAUGUUAAAUUAUCAUAGUUAAGGUAGAACUAUGUUAUAUGAUUCAAGUGUGUGUGUUAAAUUAUGGUACUGGAUAGCCUUAAAACAUUUAAUGUUUAUCUUUCAUGACUUCGAUAGUUAUGUCUGGAGUACGGUAUUUAUUUUUGUUAUUUUCUCAAGUUACUCCAUUUUAGUUGUACAAGUUUCUCUCUGGAGCUGUGGUUGAUUGUCGCUUGCAGUGAUUAGAUGAUUUUUCUAUAGGAGAUCAAAGAUUGUACACGAGUGUCUUUGUCAGUGUGCAAUUUGCUGAAUUUGCUUGUGUAAGAAUGCAAUUGCUCUUUAAUUCAUAACGUUAGAUGGUAAGUACACUCUUAAUUAUUCAAUUUUUUUCUCC